CUAAACCGUUGCGCGGGAAUUUGGCGGUAAAAAUCGGAGGGGAGGCAUGGCGAAAGUGCAGUUGGCAAACGUAACGGUACUGGACAACCCCACGGCCUUCAUGAACCCCUUUCAGUUCGAGAUCACCUUCGACUGUCAGGAGGACUUGGCAGACGACCUUGAGUGGCAGAUAGUGUACGUGGGGUCGGCGUCCAGCGAGGCCUACGACCAGACGCUGGACUCUGUUCUGGUGGGGCCUGUACCCGCAGGCAAACACAGAUUUGUCUUUCAGGUUUGCCUCUAA